AUGUGGAUUAGCAAUGUGCGAUAUUUCGCCCCUACAGUUCAAGAUCAAGAGAAAAUGAUGAAAGAGCUAGAUCAGGAGGAUGGUACCAAAAAUGAAGGUCACAUACUAAUUGUACCUUACCCGAGCCAAGGUCACAUUAAUCCCAUGCUCCAAUUCUCAAAGAGAAUAAUCUCAAAAGGUCUCAAAAUUACCUUAGCAAUCAUACUCCAUGCUUCAAAAACAAUGGGAACUAAAAUCGACCUCCCGAUAGCAAUCGAGACGAUUUCAGUUGGUUUCGAUGAUGGUGGUUCCAAGGAAGCUGGUGGUCUGAGUGUUUUAGAUGUAACGAAGGAUCUUGGCGUCAUUGGGGCUGCAUUCUUCACUCAAUCUUGUAUUGUUGGUGCACUUUACUAUAGUGUGCAAAAGGGUCUCGUGGAAACACCGGUCCCGGCUGUCCAAGCCUUUUCAGUUCCGGGGUUGUCACCGUUGAGUGUUUCUGAUGUUCCGUGUUUUGUUGCUGGCGUUGAACCAUAUCCAUUUUUGUUGGAUUAUCUUGCGAACCAAUUUGCUAACAUACACAAGGCAGACUGGGUUCUAUUCAGCACAUUUGACAAGUUAGAUUCCGAGCAAAUGGAAGAAGUUGCAAUGGCACUAUCGGAAUGCAAACACAAUUUCCUAUGGGUAGUUAGAGCAGCAGAGGAAUGCAAGAUACCAUCCAAAUUUCUCGAGGAGAUAACUCCAGAGAAAGGACUGAUAAUUAGAUGGUGCCCUCAGUUGGAAGUUCUGUCUCACCCUGCAGUAUGA